CCGCCCCCUUCGCGUAUUAAUGUGACGUCACGUCGAUUCUUACGCGCAUGCGUCCGAAUGACGGUGGGGAGUCAACAUUGGUCAGGAAGGAAGAGCAGAGAAAGGCGGACAUAGAAACAUCAAGCGAUGGCUGCUAUUAGGAAGAAGUUGGUCAUAGUUGGAGAUGGAGCUUGUGGGAAAACCUGUCUGCUCAUCGUCUUCAGUAAGGACCAGUUCCCGGAGGUCUACGUCCCCACUGUGUUUGAGAACUAUGUGGCAGACAUUGAAGUGGAUGGCAAACAGGUAGAACUAGCACUUUGGGAUACAGCAGGUCAGGAAGACUACGACCGACUGAGGCCGCUCUCCUACCCCGACACUGAUGUUAUUCUCAUGUGUUUCUCCGUAGACAGUCCAGACAGUUUAGAGAACAUCCCAGAAAAGUGGACACCAGAAGUGAAACAUUUCUGCCCAAAUGUUCCCAUCAUUCUUGUGGGUAACAAAAAAGAUCUGCGCAAUGAUGAGCACACCAGACGGGAGCUUGUGAAAAUGAAACAAGAGCCAGUUCGAUGUGAAGAUGGCAAAGAGAUGGCGAACCGCAUCAGUGCCUAUGGCUACCAGGAGUGCUCUGCCAAAACCAAAGAUGGUGUGCGGGAAGUCUUCGAGAUGGCAACUCGAGCAGCGUUACAGGCUAAGAAACGUGACAAGAAGUCCAUCUGUCUUCUUUUGUAGGCUGUGGCACAACCGGAAGUUACCCUCAAGUGCAGAUGCAGCGCUUACAUUGAGAAUUUGAUGUUGGGGAAGGCCCCUCAAAAACUUGUGUGGAUGCUCAAUUUCUGAUCACCCCAUCGUACAUCAGCAAGCUCAGGCAGAUGUAAUUUGAUAGGCAUUGAAACUUUGGUCCCUGGCUUUUUAUUUAAACUUUAACUUGGGCCUAAUCAGAACUUUCUAAAAAUCAGAUGGAAAGACAGGGAGGGCUAGGUUAAAGCUGAUGAAUUUAGGGGUUCACAUGUGCCAUGAUAGGAACAAAGACAAAAGGUCUACCGGGCCAAAGACAAUGUAGACAUCUGACAGAUCAAAAAAGUGUUUAAGUAUACAGUGUCACCUACAAAUAGUGCCUUGAGCAGCAGCAGCAGUUGGAAAAUGUCAGAAUUUCAAUGAGGUGCCAUUCCUCAUUGGUAAUGUCGUGUUUUACCUCUGCAAUUGGCCAACGUUCUGAUUCAGGCGCUAUGCAGGGGGAUGCCUAAACCGGAUUGUAUGACAGACACCCCCCCCCAGCACACACACACACACACACACACACACACACACAAUAUCUUAACUAUACAGUAGUGUAUGAGUGUGCGGCCGUGUGGUGCUUUUGUUUUCUCCAAUUGCAGGUCUGCAUGCAGUGAAUGUGUGUACAUUGUUAUAUUGUUUAUGUACUACAGUCUGUGCAUGGAAAGGCAUUCUGUGAUUCUGUGACACUGAACUAAAUCCCUUAUUUCCAUGCCAAAGUUAAUGCUGAAAGCCAUAUUGUGUGGCUCAGGCCGGUCAAGGACUGAACAGCCUCUCAAGAGUGAUAUUGAAACCUCCACUUUAUUAAAGGCAGUAUGUGUAGAUAGAAGUGCAAUCAGAUUAAUUGCGGUGUGACUUUUAGGACCUUUGUGUGUGCAUGAGCACACUUAAAGUUUAUUUUAAUCAGUGGUUAAAAUCAUGAGUGGUGUAGUUACUACAUUGAAUAUUUCUAAUAAUUGGUUUAUUACAAUAAAUUUCAAGAUGUACUGUAUGUUUCACAAGGCCUUGCGAAGACAUUUUGUUUACUUUUGACUAUCAAAUAUGUUGUCACUGUUAUGACUUUUUAAAUGUAAGAUAUCAUUUUCUUUGUUUUUACUCUUAAUCCCAUUAUGUUUAGGUUGUCCUUUAUUGUAACUUUAGUGUUAAGCUUGGGGUGCAAGGUUUUUGGAAGGUGGUGCAGUAUACCAGAUGUUAAGUGUUUUUUUUUUUUUUUUUGACUGUUUCCUCAAAUAAAAAUCGUAUUAGAA